UCUCUCUCUCUCUCUCUCUCUCUUUACUUUCUCGCCAGGCGUCGUUUAACCUCAUCUCUUUCUCUCCGUAGAUGCCCUCGAGAACGAGAAGAUCUGUCAUAUUCUUAACAACAAGCAUAGCAUCAACCUGCGCAACGGCUCCGCAGCGGUCGUCAUGCCGUCUCACAUCUUCGAUCGCUGGAUCGUCAAGGCCGAUCGCAACUGCACGUUUAUCUUCAAGACCAGCAGCGGUGAGGGCAUCUUCGCGGUUAUCCAGAAGAUGUUUUUCCGACGCAACGGCGAUCAGUGCCUCGAUUACGUACGAUUCAAGAGAAGCGAUGGUCAUCAUACAGCCAAGUUCUGUGGAGAGAUAGACCGUAGCUGGAUAAUGUCCCUUCCAAUUUCUAAGGAUGAUUUGGAUGCGGACAGUUUCAAUUAUGCGGAAUAUGAUUCUGUCAAGAAAUGGAAACCGUGGAGUAUAGGAGAUAUUGCCAUGAUAGAAACUGAAAUAUUCAUCUCCAAAGAAAGAGUGCCAAGUGGACAGACCUUGGAUCUUCUUAUAGUUUAUACUCCAUACAAAGGUUGCAGUCACGCAGACCCCAAACAAUAUAGGGAUGUCGGGUUCAAUAAUUGUAUUCGGAAAGAAUAUGUAUGCGACGAAAUCUACAAUUGUCCCUUUGGCGUGUGCUCGGACGAGGCGGAUUGCCCGGUCAGGCAAACUGAGCGGUAUUCUAAAAAUAAUACUUCGACGAAGAUCACUGUAGCAGCAGUCACUACAAUGGUUCUCUGCUUCAUUCUGUUCAUCAUAUGUCUAUGGGUCUGCAAGAAAUCUCAAAAAUUAUGCUGGUCGUCGGAUUGCGCCGGUCCGAACGUGCGCUCGCGGCCGGUUUCCUUCCCGAACACGGACGGCGGCCCAGAAUCGAAUCGCACGGUGUCAACAGCUCCCAUGUUGGAAGUCGCGGUAUCUUCGCCCGUCGCGGACAAAGAUCUGCCACCCAGUUAUGACUCGUUGUUCCCUGAACAAAGUAACUCUGCCAGAUCGUAAGUUAUUGAAUCCGAUUGAGCGCACUGAUCUAAUGUUUUAAUUAGACACUGCGUUAUAGACCAAUCUUUCUCUACGCACAUGCUGUUCCAUAAUAUGAAUGAACAGAAGGUUCCUAUGAACAAGAACCCUCUAAUAAAUUAGUUGGAUUCUAUUGUGUGAGUUAAUAUUUCGUGAUAAUGUGAUUCAAAUUUACGAACUUUGAAAUUCUUAUUAUAUGUUAUAAACAAAUCAGUCACAAGAGACGCGGAACUAUGGAACGUUGACUAUUCAUCGUUCAUUUUGUGGCAAUAAAUUAAGAAGGCCUUGCUAAAUCGAAUCGAUGAAUUUGCAUGUGUCAAUUUCGAUUAUUUUGACCAAAGCAAUUUUUUAUAAUCGGAGCGCUAUUGCUUCUCCACCGUCCAUAUCUGAUUACGCCACUAUAUACGGUACAUUUAUAUACAGUACAUUAACAUUACGUUUUUUUUGUUUUUUUUUUAUAUGAGUGAGAUUAUACGCGAAAUAUAGCAAUAAAUAGGUAGCUUCGUUAAGAAUUUCAUUUCUCUUUUGUAUGUAGUUUUAAAAUUCCUCUUUCUUCACUGCAGUCAUAUUGAAUUAUAACAUUAAAUAUGAAAUUGGAAUUAUAACAUUAAAUAUUCAUUUUUUUCUUGUAUAUGCUAAAUUAAGUUUUACAUAUAUAAUUAUGACUUCGCUCUGAUUUAUAUUCAGAGCCCGUAAAUAUUUGUCUUUAUUUAACAUUUAAUAAACAAGGUUGAAAUGAUUUCAUAAGCGCUCUGAGCAUAAAUACAGCCUAGUGUUCAAUAGUAUAUUCCAGAAGAAAAGAAGAUUCAUACGAUUUUAUUUUACCAGAUUUUAUGUAGUUAACGUAACUAGUUAUAGUGAGGAAACAGGAAUUUUAGAUAUGAAUUUCCACAUUUUGUAUUAUUUUUUAAUAAAUAUUGACAAUUUAUACAGUGUGA